AUGGCACACGGUCGGCGCACUGGACGUGGGGGAGGGAAGGCAACGGGAGUUAUUCAUGCUCCGGAUGAUUCUACUCCUCCGCCGAGUGCUGAGCACUCUCCUGAGAAGAGUCCGCUGGUCUCUGCGCAAGCGUCACCGCUGGCUCCUCCGAAAGGCUCUAUUGUGGACGAUGUUGCGAAGACCUCGUUGCAGGAGCGCCUAUCUGCACUUAAAGUCAACGGGCUGAAGGAUAAGACAGUGGAGAGUGUUGACGUUAUGCCUUCGCAGCCUGGCGUGGUGUCGGCAGAAGGCUCGGAUCCGGCUCCAGUGGCUCCAGUGGUGUCUGCAAAGGGCAAGCAGGAGGUUGCGGAGGAAGAAUGGUGGGACAGUGAUGAUGAAGAUGACUUUGAUCCUGUCGCGAUUAACGCUCUGUCGGCUCAAGUCAGCUUCCCGAUUACGCUGAUAGUCCCUAUCGAGUGGGAAGCGGAGGUUCCAAAGCUGAAAGCCACGGUCGUUGCUCACCUCGAUUUUUGGAAGGCGUCGCUGACGGCGGAUGCGCAGUCUACAACGCAGUAUCAAGUUCUGUUGCCUGUGUUUUUGUCGAAGAAGAAGUAUCAUCGGCUUCAAGUUACCUUUCAGCAUGCGCGCGAUGCGGAGUUUGUUUGGAUGCGGACGAUUGAGCAUGAUCUGGGGAAGGGAGCUACUCUCAAGCUCGACUGGCAACACCCUGAGAACGCGGCUUACAACACCCUUCCGGACCUGAAGAACAUUCUGGUGAUGGGGGAUUUAAACGUCGUAGAGGAUCCAGAGAUCGACAAAUCCACUGGCUUAGGUUCAGCGGCGGAGAAUCGGCGGCUGAUGAGUUUUUGGGCGCGCACUUCUCUCACGGACGCUUUCCGCUAUGUGCAUCCUGGGAAGCGGGAGUACACUUUCCACGCAAAAGGUCAAGGUGCAAAGAGAAAGGGCGUCAGGGAGAAGGUGAAGCAGGUGCUACGCGACACCCGUGGGGACCUGGCAGAAAUACUCCCGAGGCUGUCGUCCUGUCUGAGGGCUUAUUCGCGAGAAGAAAGGAAGCGGAUUAAGGCGACUAAGGCGCAUCUGGAGCGGGAGGUGGAGGUGUUCCGCAGCAGACUGUCACGGAAACCGGGGUGUCGGCGCACAGGGGCGAUUCUGCUCAAGAAGGAAGAGCUGCUGAACGCAUACGAGAAGCGUCACAUGGAGAACCUGCAGGCGUGGGCCGGCAUCAAAUCAGAGUUAGAUGGGGAGGCGACAACAGGUUUUCUGUCUGGGAAAGUUAAGGCACGAAAGGCGAAAACGGAGGUUCACGAGGUUAAGCUUAAGGGGAAAGUCUUUAUUGGAGCAAGAGAAGUACUGGUGGCGGCGACGGAGUUUUUCAAAGACUCCUUUGGCGGCGACGAUAUUUCAGACGGUGGGGACGUGGAGUCUGACCCACUGCAACGUACCAUCAGUGAGGCGAGCAAGGAAGCCCUCAGAGCACCGUGGUCAGAAGAGGAGGUGCGGAUGGCGGUGCGAGAGCUGGCCUCGGGGAAAUCACCGGGGCAGGAUGGCCUGCCCAAGGAGCUGUUCAAACACAACUGGGAGCUGCUGGAGCCAGUUCUGAUGCACACAGUCUACAAAAUCUUAGCGAAGGUUCUUGCGACGAGGCUGAAAAAAGUGUUGCACGAAGAAAUUUCGGAGGACCAGGUUGGUUUCUUACCGGGGCGGAAGCUGGCAGACUCGAUCAUGGUUGUAGCGAAUGCCAUCGAAGCAGGUGUCAGCGGCAGGGAGGACUUGUAUCUGCUGAUGAUUGACUUCCGUAAGGCUUUCAACUCCAUAUCGCGGCCCUUUCUUUUCCGUACGCUGAGAAGGAUGGGUAUUCCGGAGGAAUUUGUCGCCUGGGCGGAGGGAUUGCACAGGUUCACGUGA